AUGGACGACACACUCGAGAGGCCAAAUGUUGUAUCAAAGCCUGUUGAUGCUGUAGACGGCGAUGACGAGCAAUCCUCAGGCGAUGAGGACCAGGGGCCCGAUUGGACGAAACUCCCCUCGGCCCCCACUGCGCGCCCUUUCAUCCCGAAACGAGGAGAGAAAGAUUUCGAACCAAACGCUUCUGGAGGCUCCGGUCUGCAGCGCCAUGUAUUGGACCGAUCGCGGCACGCGAUGCUGGAAGCCUUGUCCGCACCUCGUACAAUUUCUAGCAAGUCAAUCAGCUAUGCCGUGUGGCAUCCAGAUCUCGCUCGAGCGCAUGUCACCCUGAGCAGAGGCAUCCAUUUUGCAAGCAUGGGCCAUUCCGUAGCCAGGACGGCUUCACUUGAUAGUGCCAAGAAGAUCCAUAAGCGAUUGGAGCUACUGCCCGAAGAAACACUGUACCUUGUGGAAAGGGGCGCGAUGCUUUGCUGGAAGGCAUGUGAAUUGGCCCCGUCAGACACUCCAGGCCUCGAGGACGUGGAGGGCAUUCCCAUGACUGUACAGCAGGCAUUCGCUGAGAUGAUCGGAACCGCAGACCUCACGCUCGAGAAGUACCAGGUAUUUGCCUACCUCAAAAGACUUGGAUACGCGGUUACGCGUACGAAGCCUCCAAAUCCAGAGUACCCGAUUCCACCACCCUUUGAACAGCCUCAAAGACGGUAUCAAUCAUCAUUCCUACACAAAGUUCUGUCUGUUGUGCUGUGGCCACUCCGCGCCCUGCAGAGCCUCUUUGUGCCCCGGUUCGACUGGUGGCAACCAAUUCGCACGAGUUGCCUUCACGGUGCUUUUAAUAUCCGUGCGGUUCAUCAUGGCUUGUGUCGGUGUACCGUCUUAUGCGUGGGUCUAGGACAUCUAUUUCAGUCUCUGCGCUUCCUUCCGGGCGGCCACAACGCACCUCUGCAUGUCCAAGCUCGUCCACGGGCUCCCGUCUCUCCGUACCAGAUCUUCUACAACGUGUACAAACCAUCGACACCUUUCAAGAAGACCGCGCCGCCGCCUCCCGAAUACUCCGUAGUGGUUGUGAACGCGCGGACGACGCCCAUGCCGACGCUGACGGAGCUGACGUCUCUGUUCGGGGUGCUGCCAGAGCUGCCGCCGCCUCUUCCUCGCAAGCGUCAGUCAUUUGUUCAACAAAAAGCCGGUACUGCACCGCCCCCAGCGCCAGCCCCGAAGACACAACUGCCUCCUUCUCGGAUGCAGAGGUUCUUCCCGUGGGCGUUCCCGUCGACCUCGCCCCCGGAGUUACCGCGUAAUAUCAACCCCUUUUUAUCACUCAAGACGGGGAAGAAGAUGGUUGUAGUUGCAGCGGUUGACGCGGGCAUGACUAGCUUCUUCCGAUUUGGCGAGGGUGUGUUCACAGAAUGGCCCAUGGUAUUGUAA